UGCGCCGGGUCGGGGGUGACGCCGGGGAUGGUGACAGGCCUGCUCCGGGCGUCGCUCCGCCUGCGCCAGGCUCGCAGCUUGUCGGAGGGACGGCAGCCAUCCACCUGAGGGAGAUCAUAAUGGCCCAAAGGAUAUUUAGAAUAUGUUUCCUGUUUUGCAUUCUGGCUGCAUUCUUCAUCUCUGCCCUAACUGAAGAACACGUAGGAGAGAGUCAACAUACAAAUAUUCGUCUUGAUAAGAACUUGGUACAAGAUAAAGACCACAUCAUGGAACAUUUGGAAGGUGUUAUUGAGAAACCAGAAUCUGAGAUGUCUCCACACGAGUUGCAGCUUCAUUACUUCAAAAUGCAUGAUUAUGAUGGCAAUAAUUUGUUAGAUGGGUUAGAGCUUGCUACUGCUAUAUCACAUGUCCACAAAGAGGAAGGUGGUGAACAUACCCAGGCAAUGAAAGAAGAGGAGUUGAUUAGUCUGAUAGAUGAUGUCUUAAGAGAUGAUGAUAAGAACAAUGAUGGAUAUAUUGACUAUGCAGAAUUUGCAAAAUCACUGGAAUAAAGUUUUGCAGGGGGCCUGUUUCUCCUUCUGACUACAGGGAAAUGUGAACAAGUCUAAUGUGAUUCAUUACCAUCUCGUAUCAACCACUGUGCAGUGAGAAGGAGAGGUGUACCAGUUCCACCUGAAUUUAUGUGGAAGUUGUAUGUGUGAAGAGACUGGCUAACUUGGAGCAAGAGCCACAUUUCACUAAAUGUAGCUACAUAUUUAAUUCUUGAAGCAUGGAAGUACAUGGAGUACAGCUGGCAAACUCUUUAAGUACCUGUGUAUGAAUACUUCAAUAGUUUAGACACAACCUAAAUUUCAGGGGGUUUCUGUCAUGGGAUUAUACACUAUUGGUUUGCUUACAGCUUCCAGUAAAAGUACUUGGAAAGCAAGAAAAGAUUACUGCAUAUAGUUGUGUUUCAAGGAUAAAUGUCCUUACCUCCCCACUUACUUCAAAGGAAAUUUGCAUAUAUGUACAGGUGCUUGAAACAGCAGUUGUACAGGGGAAAAAUCUUCUGAAUGUGGUUUGUUUGAGGUCCACAUGAUACUACAUGGGCUUUAACACUGUCUUUGAAGAAAUGGAGUUGGUUUGAAUGUGUGUACUUCUUAGCAUACGCUUAGUUUUUACAUACAAAUAUGUAUGUGCGUUUUUCAGUCUCUUCCUGUUCUUCGCAGAUUUACUUCUUAUCUCUUAAUCUACUGAUUUAUUUUUCCUGUCUCUUACCUUCUGUGGUGUUUUCUUAAGAAAAUGAAAAAAAUUUUAUUACCUUUUU